GUUGUGGAAGGAGGCGCUUGGAUCAGGGGGCUGGUAAUGGUCGGGGUGUCCGCGGGGGCGUGAAGUUAAUGGGCGGAGGGUGAACAAUCUGGUAAAGGGCGCAGUGUCUGAGAGGCCUUCUUAACAACCCGUGAAAGGUUUCUGGAGGAUCAAACCGCAGGUUUGUGCUUGGGACUCGGGACGGUGCCCUGAACAUGCACACUGACUUCUCUUCUGCCAUGUGAAUCAUCCAGGGUGAUGCAUCUUUACAAGGCCGGUAGUUGAACUAUGGCAUCUACUAACCGCGUCACAUAGUGAUAGUUGCCAACUCGGACAAGCUACAAAAGGGAAUUAGACAAAUGCAUGGAGGAUAAGGCGCUCAGUGGCUGCUGGCUGCUGGUCAUGACAGCUGUCCACUCGGAGGUGGUAUGUCUGAAUUACAGUUGCUGAGGAACAUGGGUGUAGCCAGUAUUGGAGGGGGGGCCAGGACUGAUCUGAUUGGUCAGUUAAUUAAGUAUUUCUAUUGGUUUACUUGAUCUGAGGGGGGCAGUUGCUCCCCCCCCCGCCCCUGCUUGGCUACACCCAUGCUGGGGAACAUGAACAGGAGUAUGUUCCUAACCUGCUUGGGCUUCUCAGAGGUAACCAACUUCAGGCGCAGAGGCUGUCAGCGGCAAGGGAGACAGCAGUUGGACAUCUUCGUCUUGCUUCAGCUGACAGUUCCCUCUCUCUGAAGCUGCCCACGGCUGUCUUUGAAGCUAAGACAAGCAGGAUUCUCUCCCUUGUGCUUAGAUCAAGCUUCAUGGCCUUGAUUAUUGCUUGCUGUAGUGCAGAUAUGAAGGGCUUUGGAUAACAGAAAGUCAAAAGGGGAGGGCUGUUCAACAUACAGAAUCAUUACACUCUUCAAACAAAUUCUAGUGGACCGAGAUGUUGGGAUAUCCAAGAAGGCAGGUGAAAGGAACAAGGGUGAGCGAAGGUGUAAGGGCUGGGAACUACUUUGGUGAAUAGGCACAGAGGUGGAUUAGAAAAGGAAAGAGCAUUGGGGACCUGACUUGGAAGCAUUAUGAGUGGAUUGCUCUAUGUCUUCCUGUGUUGCAAGGGGUUGGACUAGCUGACCCUUUGGUCCCUUCUAGCUCUACAGUUCCGAUUCUGUAGAUCAUUUGGAAGCAUAAUGUACCUACUAUGCAUAUGAAAUUAUCCUUUGUAAGUCCCCUUAGAAGGAUGCAUUAUUUAUCUUAAAUAAAUCUGUUUAGCCACUUUAGGAACAGAUGGGCCAUUGGUUUUAUCCAGCAGCUUCUUCUUAAGUUGUAUUUACAUGCAUAAAUUUUCAGGUUCAAUCCUGACUCAUUUCAAAAAAACCAUCAACCCUGAAGGGUUUUUGUCAUCAGUAUACAGUGCUGAGCUAAAUGCAGUCUGAUGCUGAGCUAAGGAUCUGGCUGCAUAAAGCAGCUUCCUACAUUUGCCCAUUCUUCCCUUUUGGAAAUGUGGGGCGGAGGCUGAGCUGAACUUUGUGUUUGAAACAGCAGCAAGCUGUGAAUGUGUGCAUCAAUUUUCAUUAUGAUCCGUCAGUUUUUCUGUAUCACAGUGUUUUGUUUCCCUUGACACUUGUGUCCUGUUUGUGUGUUCAUUCAUGUGAUUUAUGGUCAUGUGCAAUGGGACUGUGCCUGCACCUGUUCUCACUCCACUGCUGCUCAUGCAUAGAAGGGAGAGUGCUCUGUGUGUCAAAUAAGUUCCCCUGUGAUGUGGAUUUCUCAUUGCACAGGGUUCCAUAUCAUAGGAGAAGUCUGUGUGUACAGAUCUCGCUCUUCUGUACAGCACUGUUCCCUAGCAUGUGGGCUUGGGAACUAUCGCUAUACUCUUGAUCAUUAAUCAUUUUGAGGAGGGAAAUGCACAAAUGUGGAGGGAGGUGACAUCAAACUGGGGUUUGUAGGAAAACUAGACUUCACACUAGAACCAGUGUGGCAUAAUGGUUUGAGUGCUGGAGUAUGACCUGGGAGACAAGGAUUCAAAUCCCCACUGAGAAAUGAAGCCCAGUGGGUGAACUUGGGCCAAUCACUGCUUCUUAGCCUAACCCACCUCACAGGAGGACUGUUGUAAAGAUGAAAUGGGGCGAAGGAGAACCAUGUACAGUACCUUGAGCUCACUGGAAGAAAAAGUUGGCUUGGAUGAAAUGAAGCCAUUAUCAGUGGAUUCCAGAAUAUUGUCCCUGGCUUCCCAGGCUACUGAAAGCCCUGAUCAGGAUGUCCCUGUGCUGCUGCUGAAGUUAAAAGAUAUUUUAAAUAGUGCACCGCCUGGCAGCAAAGAAUUAAAAAAAAUUAAACAAGACUUGUACUACUACGAUCUGGUUCAAUACUGCACAUUAGUCCUUAAGCAAGAUUAUACAAGAGUGCGUGGAGGCUGGACUACUGCUGCCCAGAUAGCAGAGAUACUAAGCCAGUGUUGUGUGGGCCUUGAAGUAAAAGAAGAACCAGAGGAGUUUUACAAUAAGCUACUUCCUUCUGUAGCAGACAAUCUCCUCUUCUUGGGAAGGCGCCUGCAAGCACGAUUCAUCCGAGCGAUCAAGGAUGAAGAGAGAAAUGAAUUUUUACACUGUUUCAGAACAGUAACUGAUGCCAUCUGCUGGCUGUGUGGCGGAUUCAUUCAGCUAACAGCAAAUGUGCUUCAGAAUAGACACUUCCAGCAACUGCUGAUGACGGACGAUGUUGAAACUUCAACCAUAAUGAUGUCUGUGUUGCAGAAUAUUUUAAGAGUCAAUAGUGCUGUGUUACUUCAAGUUGCUGAAAAGUCCCUGCACUGCAUUUUAGAUGAGCUUGUUUACAAGCUUUCGUCUUCUAUCAAUCCUGUCAUAGGAAAUGCAGCUAUAAAGCUGUUACUCUUGAUUGCACAGUCUGAUGCCCAACUUGUGACAACAUUCGCUACCCGCUACAAAGGACUACAAAGCCUUCUAAGCAAGCAGUGGACUGGCAAAGGAUUUGACAGAAACCUCAAUCAGCUUUUGGACUUGCUGUGCUCAGAAAAUUACAAGGCUGUCAAAACACAGAGACUACAUCAAGCAGCUUGCUUAAUCCAAGCAGCAUGGAGAGGAUUUCAAACGCGAAAAAGAUUAAAGCAGCUUCCAAAAGCAGUAACAAUCUUGCAGAGAAAUUUCAGAGCUAAAAGAAAACAGGAGUUGCAAGGUUUAAAAAAGCAGAAAGAAGAGGAGGAACUCCGCCAACAAUUGCAGCUUCGGAGACAGAGAGCCAUGAGGCUGUUCCAUGAACGACAGCUUACGCUACUGGAAAUAGUUCAUCCAGGUCAGGUAGAUAAGCAUAUGCAUGAAAUGGAGGAGAAGUCAGCCAUAACUAUCCAAAGAUACUGGAGAGCAUUUAGGGAAAGGAGAAAUUUUCAUCAUCAAAAGAAGUCUCUUAAGCAGUAUAAAGCAGCUGUCCUCAUUCAGAGAGCGGUGCUUAAGUUCUUGGAAAAGCGAAGGAAAAGGAAAGCUUAUUCUCUCUUGAAACAGUCCAAGCACCUCUCUGAUGAACAGAGGCUAUCAUUGCAACAAAAAGUGAAUGACUACAUCAAACUGCACCCGGUGCUCCAAGUCUAACAGAAUCCACUACGAAAGAUCUGAAUAUCUUUAUGAGUAGAUCAGUUCCUGUGGUAGCCAAAGCCAAACAAUCCCACAGCACCAUGUUGAAAUAUACACGGUGGCCAUGGUGG